AUGAAAAAGAGAAAACCACCCACCAGUUUCUUUCAUAACCAAAAAAAUGGCAAGGAUGAUAAUAGUUCUGACUCGGAACCAGAAAGGCCAGUUUCUGCCUCUCCGGAUCAGAACUGUUCAAUCUGCUUGAGCAAGAUGAUGAAUAGAUCCUUCACGGAUCGCUGUCUUCAUAUGUUCUGCUUCAAAUGCUUGCUUGAGUGGUCAAAAAUUAAUGCUGUCUGUCCUUUAUGCAAGUCUCCAUUUAAGCAAAUACACCACAACAUCAGAGAAAAUAAUGCCAAAUUUGACACGUAUGAUGUGGUCAGUCAUCCUUCUAGCAUCUCUUUCUUUAACACCAGCUACUUUGAUCAUCACAUUCACCAGCCUGACCACCAUCACAAUCCGGGUGGCCUUCUUGAUGAUGAGAGGAGCUUGGCCAUGGAGAGGUUUUAUAAUUUACUUCGGGAUAGGAAUAGGAGCUCCAACCCUCUUGUCUCGACUGCAGCAGACGACUUUCAAGCAAUCAACGAAUUCUUAAUGACCAGAUCAAACUACAACAGAACUUUUGCUUAUGUUAACACUCAGGUAGCUCAUUAUCUACAGACAGAUCGGAGCCAGGUUGAAUCUGCUACUAGCUCAAUAAUGAGCCUUCUCAGAAGUUACAGCAUCAGAUCGACAACCUUCUACCAGAGAACAAGUAGUUAUUUCAGAGACUACACCUCACAUUUUCUCAUCUCCCUGCAGGUCUUCCUACAUUACAAGAUCAUGCAGUCCUACCAGAUGCAAGGAGAUUACAGCCGAGCCAGGGACUUCCAAUACAUAAUCAAUGCUGUUACUGCGUCUGGCUUGAACAGCAUUAACAGCCAGAGUAGUAGUAGUAGUAGUAGAAAUAACAACAGGAGCAACAACAAUCACAGUGCAACUAGUUCUAGCUUGAAUGACAUCAUCAUUGAGGAUGACCUGACACAGGAUGGCAUUGUAAGAGGGCAUUUGGUCGAUCCUGACGUUGAGAUAGUUAUGGAAAACCCCAUCAACAUCAGUGAUGUUAACAAUGAUGUCCUCAUAAUAUCACCCCUUGCAGCCACUAGCAACAACAACCACAGCAACUACAACAGCCUCGACAUUCUUGUUAAUCCCCAUGGAGAUGAAUUUAUUGGAGCUCGUUUAUUACAGCUAGAGCAAGCUAGUCGCAACACAGAGACAACAUCGGCCCGACACAAUCUGCCUUUGUUCUUUGGCUUUUCAGAACCAAUUCAGCGGCAAACCAGGACUUCUCUCAGAAGUAAUAACGAGACAUCCUCAUCGUCAUCUUCAUCGUCAUCCUUACUGAAUGUCACCCCAGCAACUCCAGAUUGCAUAGACAUCGAUGUACUAGGUGAAUCGUCUGCAGCAGGAUAUAACAAUGUCAGGUCUCCUAUAUUUCUUUCGAGCGAUGACGACGAUGAGAAUAACGUUCAGAUGAUUGGGGAAUGUUCGACAUCUAACCUCCCGGAACAAUCUCGAAAAAGAAAAAGGAGAACCUCACGUCAUCGUCAUCAUCACCGUCAUCAUCGUCGCCAUCAUCAGACUGACACACAACAACAGCAGCAUGUAUUAUCAUUGCUUUUAGUUAGCUCUGAUGAUGAUAGUGAAGAAGAAGAUGAUGGUGAUGGAGCUAAAUACAAUAAAACUCAUAAAAAAAGAUCGAAAGUAUCAAAUGCUGAUAAUUCAAACCGACCAAUCGGCAGCAGUGAUCGUGAUCAAUUGUUUUCAAGAAACAACAAUGGCAUUGAGAUUUGUGACUUGUCAUCAUCAUCAUCAUCAUUGGCGGCCAGGACGCCAUCAUCAUCAUCGACUACAAUAAUGACGUCAUCAUCAACAACGUCGACAAUGGCCACAGCGGCAAGUAGAGCUGGAGAGAUAUCCGGUACCAAAGACCAUGAAAGAGUAGAAGAAACAAAAAGAUCAUUCAAAAAACAUCACACAGGGCAUAAGAAUUCCCAAAAACAUAGCGAUAGUGAAGAUGGUGACAGUGAUGAUGAUGAUGAUACCAGCCAUAAUAAUAAUAAUAAUAAUAAUAAUAAUAAUAAUAAUAGGAAUGGUUAUAAUGAUGAUAGAAAUAAUGAUAGGGGUAGUAGUGAUGAUGUUAAAGAAAGCAAUUAUGAUGAUAUUCCCAGAGCUGGCAAUUAUUUUGAGAUAUCUUCGGACAACAACAAUCAUGAUGCAAUCAUAGGAUAUGCUGUGGAAAUAACCGGCAUCAACAACAGCUACAACAACAACAACAGCAUCAACAUCCACAACGACAAUAGUAACAUCUACAACAACAACAUUCACAACGACAGCAGCAGCAACAACAACAACAAUAGCACAAGUGAUUUCAUGAGCAUAAUUGAGAAACUUGAUAAAAAUAAUGAUAACAGUAGUAGUAGUAGUGAUGAUGAUGAUGUUGUUAUUGAGAGUAAUUAUGAUAAUAGCCACAGAGGCAAUGAUUACCUCCAACCAUCUUUAGACACUGAUGAUGCAAUUGUAGGAUACGCUGUAGAGAUAACUGGCAGCAGAGUUGACAACUACAACUGCAGCAACAACAAUAGCACAAGUGAUUUCAUGAGCAUAAUUGAGAAACUUGGUAAAAAUAAUGACAACAGUAGUAGUAGUAGUGAUGAUGAUGUUGUUAUUGAGAGUAAUUAUGAUAAUAGCCACAGAGGCAAUGAUUAUCUCCAACCAUCAAUUGUAGGAUACGCUGUAGAGAUAACUGGCAGCAGCGUUAACAACAACAGCAGCAUCAGCAGCAAUGACGUCAUCUUCAACAGCAACAACAACAACAAUGAUGGAAAUAGUGGUGAUGGAGAUAAAAAUUAUAAAAAUAUGGGUAGUGGUGGUGAUGAUGUUAAAGAAAGUUGUUGUGAUGAUGACCUUAGAGCCUGCAAUUUCGUCUACGAGAUAUCUCCAGAUAAUGUGAUCACAGAUUAUCGUACCAUGGAAAUAACUGACAACGACAUCAACAACAAUGAUGUCGUCGAUAACCAUACAGACAACAACAAUGACAAUGACGUCAUCGUCGGCAACAGCAAUGUAAGCGACGACAAUAGCAACAACGUUAACGACGACAACAUUAACGACAACAACAACAACAGCCCAAGUAAUUACAUACAGAUGAUUCAGAAACUUGUUGAACUGUAUUGCUUGCUGAAAAACAUCGACUACACGUUUACCGACAUCAUCAACAGCAACAACGGCAGCUACGUAAUACAUGGACCAUCUUACAGCAUCAAAAACCUCAGGAACAAAACCAGUGGCACUCACAUCAUGGCCAGCUACACCGAACUCCUCUUGAUUAAACUAACUCAGCAGUUCAAAAACAUCAACAAUCAUAACGACGACGACAACAAAAUUGACAACUGCAUACGCAAAACUGUCUACGACUUCCGCAGAUCCCUCAACAAUAUCCUCGGUGAUGAUAUUCAAGACCUUGAUAUGGAACUAGAUGAAUACACGUCUAGUGACGACGAAACCAACAAGUGCAACGAUAUUAAUAAUGUUAACAAUUGCAAGAGUCAUAGCAGUGACAAUAGUGCUGUAGGCAUUAGCAAUGGCGAUGGCCUCAGUAACUUUUUUGGCGUUGUCAACUAUAUAGGUAAUAUAAUUAGCCAAAUCAGAAACAACAACAACAAUAAUAAUGAUAGUAGUAGUAGUAGUAGUAGUAGUAGUAGUAGUAGCAACAACAACGACAAUAAAAUUAUUACUAACUUCUUCAAUAUCAUCUCCUAUGUUGAAGACUUCAUCAAACUGGUGAACAGAGAAAAACGCAAUUAUUUCUCCUACUACAUUCUCUACCAUCCCAAUUUUAAUGACACCAAUAACGCGAAUAUUAAUAAUUUAAACAACAAUAACAACAACAAUAACAGUAACAACAACAGUAAUAACAAUAACGACAGUGAUGGUUUUCUUGUGAUAAGUUUUGUGGUUGCACUGGUUCACGAGCUGAUCGAUAGGUGCGUUAAAAGGCUCACAUCCGUACACAAUUGUUACGUCGGUGGUAUGCAUGAUAUCAUGGCCGAUUAUUAUGAUAAUAAUAAUAAUGGUGGUAAUAAUAAUGGUGAUAAUAGAGAUGAUGAUACAAGAAGGAGCUUGGCUAAUGGUAAGGGAUUUAGGAGGUGCUUCUUCAUCUGUCAUCAUCUUCGUCCGUGGGUUGGCGAACUUGGGGAUGUUAACAAUAAUGAUAAUAAUGAUGAUGAUUAUGAUGAUGAUGAUGACAGUGAUGGUGAAGAUGAUUAUCCAAAUGAAUACGAUGAUGAUGGUAGUAGUGGUGAUGGUGGCCACCUCUCAGCUAAUGAAAUUUGUGAUCGGCAUUUGAUGAGCCUUAAUAAUGAUGAUAAUAAUAAUGACUAUAAUAAUGAUGAUGGUGGUGAUGAUUAUAACGGUAACUGCGCCAAUGAUGAUGAUACAGAUAUUAUUUUAGAUGAUUUUUCAGUUAGUAAUAAUAAUAAUAAUAACCACCACCAAAACAAUAAUAAUAACAAUAAUAACAAUGACGUCAUUAAUAAUUACAUUGAUGGUGAAGCUGACAAUUAUGUCAUUGCUACUGAAGGUGACGACGAUGGUGGUGGUGGUGACAAUAAAGCGAGAAGUAAUGAUAAUGAUGUUAGAGUAGUAGGCGGUGAUAAUGGUGUCAGGAUGGGGAUUAAUGAUAAUGAUGAUGACGUGAAAUUGGAUGAUGAUGAUGACGACGACAAUGACGUCAUCUCAGUUUACUCUGGUCAAUCGAUACAAUUAAUCUGCGGUAACAAUAACGCUACCGUGGGCGACGAUGAUGAUAUAACCAUCAGAUCUGAUGAUGAUGAUAACAACAAUAACAACAACGGUAUCAACAACAAUAACAUCGCUGAUAGAUAUAACGAUAAUGAAGUUAGUUGUUAUGUACCUAAAAAGUUCAGGGCUUUGCACAGUUCAAUUAAUAAUAACAAAAUUGAUAAUAAUAAUUAUAAUAAAGUUAAUGUUAAAGCUUGUAAUAUUGGUUUCAAAAGAGUUUUGGAGCUGAUCAAAGCUAAGAAAACUAAUUGGAGGAGGCAUGAUGACGAUAGCAGUGCUACUAAUGAUGAUGAGAUAGUCGGCACAAGUGACGACGAUGAAGAUGAUGGCCCGCCAUAUAGUGAUGAUGACCGGAAAAGAAAAUUUCUGCAAAUAAGAAGAUCAAACAAUGAUACUAAUGAUAACGAGGUUGGCCGCUGUGGUGAUAGGAACGAUAGCAAUGAAGACGUCUUAGACUUAUCAGUCCCGAAGAGUAUUAAGUAG